CGUCUCCGCUCCGCUGAACAAUGAACUCACGGAUGUUGGCCUCUUGAGCGAUCGCGCUCGGUAACAAUAGCGUACAGGACGAGCAGAAGAGUGAUCGGUAGAGAAAGGAAUAGAUCUUAGUACAGACACACACCCUACGCACCCCACGAUCGAGAUUAAAAAAAGAAGAUCAUCUCAUCUGCCCUGCCUCUGCUGUGAUAUCUUGCCGUUUCCCGCGAUGGAUAAGUAUCUGCGAUGGUUCAUCAAGUACCAGGUCUACACGAUCGUGCUGUUCACCACGCUGCUGAUCACUUUUGUGACCCCGGCACUGGCAUACCGCAAUACAGGGAACUAUCGUUUACCACCCACAGUCGAGGACCUGCGGCUGAGCGGUGUUCCAGCGGUACUGUUCGCUAGCUGUUGGUUUGCCGCCACCGUGUUUCUGAUCGUCGCCAUACACAAGGAAGUGAAGCGCUUUAUCUACCCGUACGCCUUCAUGCUGGCUCUUGAUCUCGUGCUGCUGUUUCUACGCGAGCUCUACCUGGUGGCGAUCGGUGAAUCUGCGACACAUCUUUGGAGCAUAAAGCUAAUCUUGUUUCUACUGAUUGUACCAUACGUUGCCGCCAGUCUCUUUGCCCUUCACCGGCUGUACACGGUGGAUCCACUCGUCACGCAGCACAAUGAAGGAUUUGUGCGCUUCAAUCGAGAUGAAGCGUCGAACGAACCGCCUUCGGUUCCACAACCGGCCGUCUGAUGAGGACACGAGGGCAAGAGUGGAAUGAAUGAAGGAGGCAACGAAGAAACGAGAAGAGCAAUCAUGUACGUGCUGGCGCCACGCCUCGCGAAUGGUACAGUCAUAUUUCUCAAUGGAGUGAAGAAGGGAUCACGCUUCGUUUGCUAAACUAACACACCUGAUGGGGAAAUCCCGCCAAUUUGUGUGCUGUUGGCGGUAUACUUCUCAGCGUAGGAUGUACGCCACAUAAUCUAGCCAAUUAAGUUUAACUCAGGCUCGCCUUUAACCACAGGAGACACAGAGAGAGAGAGAGAGAAUCAUCUACACUGCUGAAUCAAUGUGCUAACAAUUUGCAGCGAAUGACCUAAUAAACUGUAUGUUCCGUCGACUGAUUUCAAUUUGUGGU